AUGGAGGAAGGACGCCAGAUGGUGUGUGGAGAAGAAUGGAGGAAGGACGCCGCUGUUGUGACGACGACGAGCGGCGGCGAGGGGCAAGAUGAAACAAUGAUUGUACAGAGAAAGAAGAAGAAGCAGCGCGUGUGUCAGAGGAAAAGCAUUAGCGCUCUUGUUCAUGGAUAUUAUUCACCCAUUUAUCAACCCAAUUUGGAAUUGAUGAUGAAUUCAUGUUUCCUGAAGAAGAAAAGGAAGAAAAGGAGCUCUAGGAAAAGGAGCAAAGCUGCACUCAGUGUAAAUACAAAGGGUAAGGAAAUUUCAAGUUUGGAUAUAGGAGGAGGAAGGGAUGAUUGGAAUAAUAAUAAUAAUAAUAUGUUUGUUCCUUAUGAUGAUGAGUUUUAUAGCACUGAUUAUAGUAAGGAGUUGGCUGUUAAUAAUGCUUCUUGUUUGGUUGAUGAUGAGAAGGACAAUGGGAAACAAUGGGGAAAAGAUUGGUGGUGGAAACAAGAUGGAAGUGGUGAGUUAUGUAGUAAAGACUAUGUCAUGGAGUGGAUUGGAAGUCAGAUUUGUCCAUCAAAUGCUGAUUGGGAUGAUGGUAUUGAUAGUACUAAGAACAACAACAUUCAGGAGAAAUCAGAGUUGGAAAAUUCAAGUCCAAUAGGUAAAACCAGUGAUGCAAUUGCAAAUGGACCACAAUUACAGGUAUCUGUGAUGGAAGAUGCAGAUAAUGGAGUUGUUGAUAUGAAAGAACUGAAGGGAAAGAAAAGCCACAAGAUGAAGAAUAGGAAGAUGCAAGAGUGGUGGAAAGAAGAACAUCUUGCUGAAUUAAGCAAGAAGAAUUCCAACAAGCUGAAAAGUCUUCAAACUAAAUGGAAGAAAGGAUUGAAAGUGAUGCCUCAUUUUGGUUUGGGUAGAAGGUUCUAUCUUUGCCGACGUAAUAAGAACUAUGGAGAGGAAGGACAUCAUGAGUGUGAACAAAAUGGUGAGUUUAGCUUCAGAAGAGGUUGGAGGAAAAAAAGCACGCGUUCGAUUGGAAGUGACAUGUGGAGUGGAGAUCUUUUCAGCCGCGAACUCAGCAGCACAACUAGUAUGAGAGGUACACUGUGUUAUGUAGCACCGGAAUAUGGAGGGUGUGGAUUCUUAAUGGAGAAAGCUGAUAUAUACAGUUUUGGAGUUUUGAUUCUUGUAAUUGUGUCAGGUAGAAGACCAUUACAUGUUCUUGCAUCUCCUAUGAAGCUAGAGAAAGCUAACUUAAUUAGCUGGUGUAGACACUUGGCUCAAGCUGGUGGCAGUAACAUUUUAGAACUAGUUGAUGAAAAAUUGAAACAAGAUGAUUACAACAAGGAACAAGCAAGCAUGUGUAUCAACUUGGCACUCACUUGUUUACAGAAAAUUCCAGAGAUGAGGCCAGAUAUUGGAGACAUUGUUAAGAUUUUGAAGGGGGAGAUGGAACUUCCACCACUUCCAUUUGAGUUCUCUCCUUCUCCACCUUCCAGAUUAUACAGCAGAUCAAGGAGAAAACAGAAGACCAAUGUAGAAUAGAUAUUUGUAAUGUUAAAUGUUUCUUGGCAUUAACUACCUUGUUUAUAUGUUUUAUAUUUCUUAAGAAAA